AUGCUUUACAGCCAGAAUCUACCAUGGCGGGCAGCUCUGCGCCAGGCUUCGCGCCAGCCUAGCAGCCUCAUGCGGAUCUCAUCACCUGGUCUCUCUGCCGCCUCCCGCUCCUACCAUGCCACGCUAGUCCGCGGAACGCCACUGCCCUCGCGACAACGCCCCAUUGCUUCGCCCUCCUCACGCCACUUUGCAACUACCCCUGCACGGCGGAAGGAGAAACCGCCGCCUCCACCCGCCGAGGAGAAAGCCAAACAGAAGGAGGACGAGGACAAGAAGAAGGAUCAGGAGAAGGUGGCCGAGUCCGAAACCGGAGCAGACGCAAAAUCCAAGACUCCGGACCCGUUACCUUCGAACAAGAAUGAGCAAGGCGCAGCAGCUGGGGCUGGAGGGCAGGGCGGCGAGUCUCCGCCGUCCAGCGGCGAGGGUGGAGGCAAGAAGCGCAAGUCGGAGCGUUCUUUGCAGAAGCCCUCGGUGCCGGAGGUCUACCCGCAGGUCAUGGCCAUCCCAAUUGGCAAGCGCCCGCUCUUCCCCGGCUUCUACAAGGCCAUUACAAUCAGGAACCAGCAGGUUGCCGCUGCGAUACACGACAUGGUCCAGAGGGGCCAGCCGUACAUCGGCGCUUUUUUGCUGAAGGACGAUGACGCCGAUAAGGACGUGAUUGAGAGCGCGGAUGACGUGCACGAGGUCGGAACCUUCUGCCAAAUCACUAGCGCGUUCCCCGUGCAGGGAGAGGAGCCCAGCAUGACUGCCGUCCUGUACCCCCACCGCCGCAUCAAGAUGACUUCUCUGAUCCCCCCAAACCGGGCAGCGGGCGAGACCGCUGCCAAGGCUGGGACGACUCCCGUGGAAGAAACCGAGGGAGAGCAGCCGGCGAAAGACCCGCCCACGCAGGACAAGAAAGGUGAUGUUGUGGCCAGCUUCGAGGAGAGCACACCGGACCAGGCCAAGCAAGUUGCGCAAUACGAGCCGACCUCUUUCCUGAAGAAAUACGAGGUCAGCCUGGUCAAUGUCGACAACCUGACCGAGGAGCCUUUUGACAAGAAGAACGAGAACAUCCGCGCCCUUGUUGGCGAGAUGGUAAACACCUUCAAGGAAGUCGCAGCGAUCAACUCUCUUUUCCGAGAUCAGAUCUCGACCUUCUCCAUGAGCCAGGGUGCCGGCAACGUCGGCGAUGAUCCCGCAAAGCUGGCUGAUUUUGCUGCAGCAGUUGCUCAGGGCGAAUCGCACGAACUGCAGGCUGCUCUCGCAUCAAUGAACAUUGAGGACCGGUUACACAAGGCUCUGUUGGUGUUGAAGAAGGAGUACAUGAACGCGAAGCUGCAGGACAAGAUACUGAAGGAUGUCGAGAAGAAGAUUUCCAAGAAGCAGAGAGAAUAUUGGCUGAUGGAGCAGAUGCGCGGCAUUCGCAGGGAACUCGGCCUCGAGACGGACGGUAAGGAUAAGCUUGUGGAAAAGUUCAAGGAGAAGGCAAACAAGCUGGCCAUGCCUGAAGCUGUCAAGAAGGUCUUUGAUGAGGAGAUUAACAAGCUCGCACACCUCGAACCUGCCGCAUCCGAAUUCAACGUCACCCGAAACUACCUGGAUUGGCUUACUCAAAUUCCUUGGGGCCAACGCAGCGCUGAGAACUUCGGCAUCCAGAACGCCAUGAAGGUCUUGGACGAGGAUCACCACGGACUGAAGGAUGUCAAGGACCGCAUUUUGGAGUUCAUUGCUGUUGGCAAGUUGCGUGGCACUGUUGAAGGCAAGAUUCUCUGUAUGGUUGGCCCGCCCGGUGUCGGAAAGACGAGCAUCGGCAAGUCCAUCGCACGGGCCUUGAACAGGCAGUACUACCGGUUCAGUGUCGGCGGUCUCACCGAUGUCGCAGAGAUCAAGGGUCACAGGAGAACCUACGUCGGUGCUCUUCCCGGACGGAUCAUUCAAGCGCUCAAGAAGUGUCAGACGGAAAACCCGCUGGUGUUGAUCGACGAAGUAGACAAGAUCGGUCGCGGUCACCAGGGCGAUCCGUCGUCGGCGCUGCUUGAGCUGCUCGAUCCCGAGCAGAACAGCUCUUUCUUGGAUCAUUACAUGGACGUUCCUGUCGAUCUUUCCAAGGUUCUAUUCGUCUGCACGGCGAACAUGACCGAUACGAUCCCCCGGCCUCUGCUUGACCGUAUGGAAAUGAUCGAGCUCUCUGGCUACGUUGCUGAUGAGAAGAUGGCCAUCGCGGAACGCUACCUCGCACCGGCUGCCAAGGAACUGAGUGGUCUUAAAGACGUGGACGUUCAGUUAGAGAAGGAAGCAAUUGCUGCACUCAUCAACAAAUACUGCCGCGAGAGCGGAGUACGCAACCUGAAGAAGCAGAUUGAGAAGGUAUACAGAAAGUCUGCGCUCAAGAUCAUCACGGAUCUUGGAGAGGAUGUGUUGUCCGAGGACAAGGCGCUCACAGAAGAGGGCAAGCAAGCGCAGGAGGAAGCCAGCAAGGACAAAACCGACGUCAAGGACACGCCGGAGAACAUCGAGAACGAGACCACGGAGCAGCCCCGCGUCGCACUGAAGGUUCCGGACAGCGUCCACGUGCGCAUCACGCCCGACAACCUCAAGGACUACGUCGGCCCGCCCAUCUUCACCGCGGACCGCCUCUACGACACGACGCCUCCGGGCGUGGCCAUGGGUCUGGCGUGGACGCAGAUGGGCGGCGCGGCGCUGUACGUCGAGUCGAUCCUGGAGAACGCGCUGACGGGGGCGUCGCGGCCGGGCUUCGAGCGGACGGGCAACCUCAAGACGGUGAUGAAGGAGUCGACGGUCAUCGCGUACUCGUUCGCCAAGUCGGUCAUGGCGCGGCGCUUCCAGGACAACCGCUUCUUCGAGCACGCCAAGAUCCACAUGCACUGCCCCGAGGGCGCGGUGCAGAAGGACGGGCCCUCGGCGGGCAUCACCAUGGCCACGAGCCUGCUCAGCCUGGCGCUCGACCACCGGCUCGACCCGACCAUCGCCAUGACGGGCGAGCUGACGGUGACGGGCAAGGUGCUGAGGAUCGGCGGGUUGAGGGAGAAGACGGUCGCGGCGAGGAGGGCUGGCGCGAAGAUGAUUAUUUUCCCGGAGGACAACUUGAGCGAUUGGUUGGAAUUGCCCGAGAACAUCAAAGAGGGCAUCCAGGGCAAGCCUGUCAGCUGGUACUCGGAGGUCUUCGACAUCGUGUUCAAGGACGUGAACAAGAAGAAGGCGAAUCAGCUGUGGAAGGAGGAGUUGAAAAAGAAGGACGACAGGAGGAAGGAGAAGGACGAAGACGACGACUGA